CGAAGAAUAAAAUCUGAUUGAUUCGCGAAUAUACGUAUGCUCUCAUAAAGCAACUAUUUAAUCUGUGAAACAUUUUUAUAUUGUUGUUACGUUCAAACAAUAUUCAAAGAAAGUUUAACAUAUUACAUAAUAAUAUAUUAAAUAUAUAAUAUAAUAAUUAAUUAGUGGUGAUCUUUCGAGACGGCAAUGUUGUUGAUCAAUGUUAACGAUUUCAAUCCGUUUCGUGCUGUGACAUAACAUAACCUUCAAAUUUAAAUAUAUUUUUGUUUAUUUGAGAUUCGUUAAAUCUCAGUAUUGAAUUAUUCGGCUUUUUUUUUUUUAAAUAUGGAGUGGACACAUUUAUUGGAGCCACUUAAUCGUAAAAUAAGGAUCACGCGUUUAAAUGCGCCUAACGAAAAACGCGAGAUUGGAUUGAUGACUUAUUUAUUGGCCGAUCAAGAAGUAAAGGAGUUCAUAACAUUGUGGUUGGAACAAAAAUAUGAUCACAGAGAUUUCAAAUCAUUGGAGAAAGCUCAGGUGUUCAAGGAUGCUGGUAACAAAGAAUUUCAAGCAAAAAAUUAUAAUUCAAGUAUACAAUCUUAUACAAAGGUUGCAUUAUAUGCUCCAGCAGACAGUGAAAUCUUACCAUUAGCUAUUGCCAAUAGAUCUGCCGCUUUAUUUCAUCUUGGUAAAUAUGAAGACUGUAUUAAAAAUAUUGAACAUGCUAUUAAAUUAGAUUAUCCAGAAAAAUUAAGACAUAAGUUGUACAUAAGAGCAAUACAGUCAUAUUUAAAAUUAGGAAAACCAACUAAAGCUAAGGAAGCUCUUGUUCAUUUACGUGAAUUAAUGGCUAAAUGUACCGACCUACCAGAUGUGAAAAAAGAAGAUAUAGAAAAACAAAUUACACAAUUGGCAUCGCUUGCAUCAUGUGCGCAAAAUGAUGCAGAAGAUAUCGAAGAUAACGAUGGAACUCAAUCAUUGCCUGAACUCGCAUUUGGAGAAAAUCCUGAUUUUCCUUCUGCAUCGAUAGCAGUAGAUAGAAAAUAUUCAACAGAGAAAGGAAGACAUGUUGUAGCUAAUAGGGAUAUAAAAAAAGGUCAAAUACUUUUUGUUGAAAAACCAUUUGCUUUUGUACUUAUAGAUUAUACUGGAAUCAGUGGUUUUUGUGAACAUUGUUGUCGUCCUUAUGGAGAUGUUCCUAUUCCGUGUACGAUGUGUUCAGAUACCUUAUAUUGUAGUACGAAAUGUUGGAAUGAUGAUUUUAAUUUAUAUCAUCGCUGGGAAUGUUUAGGUAGCCAAAUGGGACUUUGGAAUCAUAAUGGAAUUGCACGUUUAGGUUUAAAGAUGUUUUUAGUGUGCUCAGCUACAACUGAUAGAAAUAAAUUUAACGAGGUUCAAAAGUUGAUAACAAAUUAUGAAAAGUUACCAUUGAAAGAUCUUAUUUCUUUUGGAAUUACGGCGACCAUGCUUACGCUUUAUCUUAUAAAAUAUUCUAAUUUUUUUGAACAAAAUGAUCUUACGGAAUGUCUAAUAUCGAAAUUCUCUGACGAGAGUUACAAUUUUCCCUGUGACCCUUCUGUAGAAAAUGAUAGGCAUUUAUACGUAGGCAGUUUAAUUUUGAGACACAUUUUGCAACUUGUAUCUAAUGGUCAUAUUAUUACAAAAUUAGACGUAAUUGUGUCAGCUAAAGAUAAGAUUUUAACAGAACAAGAAAAUCGUUUUGCAAAAGCGGUAUAUACUUCUGCUAGUAUGAUGAAUCAUUCUUGUGAUCCAAAUGUAAUAUGCAGUUUCAUGGACCAAUAUAUGAUUGUUAAGACUAUAAAAGAUAUAGGAGCAGGAGAAGAAAUUUAUACCUGUUAUGGUGCACAUUUUAGACAAUUAUCAAGAAAUUAUAGGCAAUUGGCCUUAAAAAGUCAAUAUUGCUUUACUUGCAAAUGUGAACCUUGCACCAUACCAGAACUUCAAUAUUUUAUGGAAAGAUUCAAUGCUAUAAAAUGUCCAGAAUGCAGUGGAGCAUUGUUUACAGUUCACAAUUAUUAUAUGCAUUGCUUGGAUUGUGGUGCAACACCUACUUUAAAUUAUGAUAUUGAAUUAAGACAUGCUCAGAAACUUUUUGAAGAUGCACAAGAUUAUAUAGAAAUGGAAAGAGAAGUGGAAGCUUUGGAUAAAUUGAAACAAUGUUUAAGUAUUAGAAGAACUGUAUUAUAUAAAUACCAUGAAGAUAUUACUGCUACGUUGGAUCUCAUAGGGAAAGUAUAUGCCAUUAUGGGUCGAUGGUUAGAUUCUAUAUCAUAUUUGGAACAUAGCAUUGCUGCCAUAAGUGAAAGAUAUGGUUCUUGUAGCAUAGAACUUGCCAAUGAAUUAAAUAAACUUACAGAUAUAUGUAUAAGAUAUCUUCAAGAAGAACCGAAUACAGUGACAAAGUGGUAUAAAAACAUCUUAAAAAAGACACGACGAUAUUUGUCACACGCAGAAGAAAUUUUGAAUUUCAAUUAUGGACCGUGGAAUAGCGCAAACGGUGAAAUCAGUGCAAAACAAAAGAUCUUAUCGGUUUUACUGAAAGAUUUUAAUAUUUAGUCCGUAUUAUAUUAUUUAUAAUAAUGAUGCAUUACGUUUAACAACGCGAACGAAUACAAACUGGCAAGUUUACGUAUUGUAAAGUUUCGAUAUACAUUUAUAUAUAUAUAUAUAUUUCUCAAGAUUCGUAUAUAUAUAUAUAUAGCUUUUUUUUCUUUUUUUUUUUUUUUUUUUAUAGAAACACAUGUAGUAGUCAACAAAGUAGUCGUAGAUUGCCUGUAGAUUUAAAAUACGAAUCUUUUUUGAUUAUACAUUUUUCGACGCACCGUAUACUUAACGACAAAUCAAGACGGAUUUAUUAUAGUUAAGUAAACGAAACUUUUAUCAUUCUAAGUUUAAUUAAUUAAUAUACAUACAAAAAAAAAC